AGGAAAGGGGCUUACGAUUCUUCAGUAAUAUUAUAUACGGUGAGAGUCACCUUACUAGGUAUUAUAAUAAUAGACGCAUUAUUUUUUUCUCCAACAGAGAGUAGAAAGCAUGGCGCGAUUGAAAGUCCAGGUAUCUGCAUCGGCAUCUGCGAACGAGAAAUUAAAGCGGCCAAUUAGAGAAUUGUAUGGUCAAUCACAAUUUUGUGAAGGUGGUUCGGGCAAAAGAGGAGGUGACCGCGGUAGCGUUGGUGGCAAUGCUAGUAACCCAAAUGUGACAACUAAUGAUGCAUUGACUUAUUUGAAGGAAAUAAUUAAGGACAUGUUUCCGGACCAAAGUGAGAAGCUUAAUGUGUUCCUUGAGGUUAUGAAUGACUUUAAGGCUCAAAGAAUUGAUAUUGUUGGUGUCAUAGCACGAGUGAAAGAAUUGUUUAAAGGGUAUCCUAGUUUGCUCCUUGGACUCAAUUCUUUCUUGCCCAAGGGCUAUGAAAUAAUACUCGAUGACGAAGUUGAGGCUCCCUCGAAGGAAACAACUGUCUUUGAUAGGUAUGGUAAAGGGUUCACUUUCUGUGAAAAGGUUAAGAAAAGACUACACAGCCCAACUGAUUAUCAAACAUUCUUAAAAUGUCUCCGUUUUUACAGCAGAGAUAUAGUUUCAAGGCAGCAGUUACAAAGUUUGGUUUCUAGUAUACUCGGAAAUCAUCUCGAUCUUAUGGAGGGUUUUAAUGAAUUUAUAGAGUGUUACAAACGAGAUGUUGGAAUUUUUGUAGGUGAAGUGACUAAGUGGGAUGAAGGGCAUACCAAGUCCACAAAGAAAUACAAAGAGCAGAAGUGUAAAAUUGAGGCUCCUCCAGUACAGGGAAGUAAUUUUGAAGAAGCUAUCAGUUUUGUGAAGAAAGUAAAGGUUCGUUUCCAAAGCGACAACCGUGUGUAUGGAUCCUUCUUAGCCAUUUUGAAGAUGUACAAGGAACACAAGAACAUUGAUAAAGUCUAUCAUGAGGUCGCCAUACUUUUUAAGGAUCAUCCAGAUUUGCUUGAUGACUUCACAAAAUACUUACCAGAUUCUUCACCUAAUGUGGUGCUUAAACGUUAUAUGGAUGAGUUAACCAUCCGCUUUAGUUUCUUAUAAUAAUAUUAUUGGUUGCUUGGAAUUAUUUUUCCUAUUUCUAAUGACUAGAGAUUCAGUUUUAUUUCUAUAAAACACUAGUGAUCAUUUUGUUCUU